AUGGCAUCCACUCUUGCUGUUGGUUUCGGUAUUGCUACCGCUGCUUUCUUGGGCCGCGCCGGUCUGGUCGCCUAUCGCCGUUCCCAAGGUGGCGUCAACGCUGCAGGCAAGGCUUUCUUCAAAGGAGGAUUCGAGCCGCGCAUGAACCGCCGCGAGGCCUCUUUGAUCCUCGAGCUUUCUGAGCGCCGGUUGACCAAGGACAAGGUCACCAAGAAGCACCGCCAACUCAUGCUGCUCAACCACCCCGACCGCGGCGGCAGCCCGUACUUGGCUACGAAGAUCAACGAAGCCAAGGAGUUUCUCGAAAAGCAUGUCUGA